AUGUUUUUCCUUCAUAUUAACAGAUAUUUUGGUAAAAGGCCUCAGUGGAAUUGUAGAGGGGCAUCAAAUCUUAAUGAACUUCACCAGCUAUUAAGUGACAUAAUGAUUAGAAGAUUAAAGACUGAAGUUUUAACCCAACUGCCCCCUAAAAUCAGACAGCGUAUUCCAUUUGAUCUUCCAUCAGCAGCAGCCAAGGAGUUGAAUGCUAGCUUUGAAGAAUGGGAAAAAUUGAUGAGAGCUCCAAAUUCAGGUGCCACAGAGACUGUCAUGGGGUUGAUUACUCACAUGUUUAAACAAACUGCUAUUGCCAAGGCAGGUGCUGUAAAGGAUUAUAUUAAGAUGAUGCUUCAGAACGAAUCACUUAAAUUUCUGGUUUUUGCCCACCAUUUAAGCAUGCUCCAAGCUUGCACAGAAGCAGUCAUCGAAAACAAGACUCGUUACAUUAGGAUAGAUGGAAGUGUUCCAUCUUCAGAAAGAAUACAUCUGGUUAAUCAGUUUCAAAAGGAUCCUGAUACUCGUGUGGCUAUUCUAAGCAUUCAGGCUGCUGGCCAGGGAUUAACAUUUACUGCAGCAAGUCAUGUUGUAUUUGCUGAAUUGUAUUGGGACCCUGGACAUAUAAAACAAGCAGAAGACCGUGCUCACCGAAUUGGACAGUGCAGUUCUGUGAAUAUUCACUACCUUAUUGCAAAUGGGACUCUAGAUACCCUCAUGUGGGGAAUAUUGAAUCGAAAGGCUCAGGUAACAGGGUCUACACUGAAUGGUAGGAAGGAAAAAAUUCAGGCUGAGGAAGGUGAUAAGGAAAAAUGGGAUUUCCUGCAGUUUGCUGAAGCUUGGACUCCAAAUGAAAGUUCUGAAGAGCUAACAACAGAAGCUUUGUUCACGCAUUUUGAAAAAGAAAAACAGCAUGAUAUUCGAUCAUUCUUUUUACCAAAACCUAAAAAAAGACAGUUGGUGACCUCCUGUGAUGAAUCAAGGUUAUUCCAGGAGAGAAAUACUGUAGUGACAUCAGACCCUGGAAGAAUGACUGUAAGAGAUAUCACUUAUUUUGAAAGUGAUUUUGAACCUGAAGCUAAAAGAUUAAAAUCAGUUGCCACUGAUGACCACUGCAGUCCCCUGGAGGAGACAUCUCACCAGCCCGGGAAAGCCAAAGUUCCACUGGUGGAAGGUGUCCAGGAGGCCAAGGACCAGUCAACCACCACAUCCCCACCUGGAGACAGCUGGCAGUGUCGUUUCUGCACGUAUAUCAAUAAUGCAGUGUUACCACAUUGUGAAAUGUGUGAGAAUCCUCAAGGCAGCGCUGUUGUACAAAUAGAUAGCCUCAAUCAAAUCCAGGAUAAGAACAAAAAUAAGAAGGAUGAUUCUCAGAAAGACGCCUCCAAAAAUGUUCAAACUAACUCAGACUGUAAAAAACAAGUUCUUGCAAAGUCAGAACAGUCAGAACCUGACCAGUUGGCCGAAAGCACAGAAGAAACAUCAAAAAUUGAGAAGGAAGACAGAUUUACACUUCAGCCACAUGAUGAACAGUUGAAGAGUUCAGACACUUUGCCAGUGUAUGGCACUUUAAUGUUCUGUGCCAGUAAGAAUACUGACCGGAUUCACCUCUAUACUAAGGAUGGAAAACAGAUGAACUAUAAUUUUAUUCCUUUGGAUAUCAAAUUAGACCUUUGGGAAGAUUUACCAGCAAGCUUUCAGCUGAAACAAAAUCGCUCACUGAUUUUGAGGUUUGUUCGAGAAUGGAAUAGUCUAACUGCUAUGAAGCAAAGGAUAAUCAGGAAAAGUGGACAGCUGUUCUCUAGCCCAGUUCUUGCUUUGGAAGAGAUCACAAAGCAACAAACCAAACAAAAUUGCACCAAAAGAUACAUAACCAGAGAAGAUGUUGCCAUAGCCUCAAUGACCAAGGUGAAGAAUGCAGGUGGCCAUGUUCGUCUGAUCACAAAGGAGUCCAGGCCAAGGGAUCCUUUCACAAAAAAGUUCCUUGAAGAUGAAACCUUUGUCCCAAUUCAAAAUUCCUGCGCUGCCCAAGCUGAUCUCGCUGAGAAUCCUUCUACAUCCAAAGGCUAUUUGCAGGCCGUGGAUAAUGAAGGAAGUCCACUUUGCCUUCGCUGUCAGCAGCCCACUUGCCAAACUAAGCAAGCGUGUAAAGCGAACGCUUGGGAUUCACGGUUUUGCUCUCUGAAAUGUCAGGAAGAAUUUUGGAUUCGAUCUAAUAACAGUUACCUGCGAGCCAAAGUAUUUGAAACUGAACAUGGUGUAUGUCAGCUUUGUAAUGUGAAUGCACAAGAACUCUAUUUACGUCUGAGAGAUGCCCCUAAAAGUCAGAGGAAGAAUCUUCUGGAUGCUACCUGGACUUCAAAGCUACCGUUAGAACAGCUAAAUGAAAUGAUAAGAAACCCAGGGGAAGGACAUUUCUGGCAGGUGGAUCACAUUAAACCAGUAUACGGGGGAGGAGGACAGUGCUCCCUGGACAAUCUGCAGACUCUCUGCACAGUCUGUCACAAAGAGAGAACUGCCAGACAAGCCAAGGAAAGAAGCCAGGUGAGAAGACAGUCUCUAACAUCAAAGCACGGAUCAGACAUCACACGAUUUUUGGUAAAGAAGUAAAGUAGUCAAACAUAUGAAUGGAUGACAAAUGGCCCUAUGUGGAAGAAUUUAAUGCAAAUAUUUUUCCAUGCUUAUUUAAUAUGUUGAGUGAAAAUUUUCAGAACAAAAAUCAAGAAUAUAAAUUCUGUUUUUGUACUAAGUAUUUUUAGUGUUAAAUAUCUUUUGAAAGUUCUUCAAAGAAACUGAGAUGCAAUACUAAAUAUUUCUAUGGUCUUGAUUUCAUGCAGACUCUCAAUUAUGUUUCAGCAGGUUUUUAUUAGGCUUUUAUUUCCUGCUAAUAUGGCUUAAUCACUGUAUUGUGCAUGGAUUAUGUUAGAAAAAAUAUACUCUCAAUUAUCUGAAAAAAAAUGCUUCUGGAUUAGCAUUGGACUGUCAUAGGUAUAAAUGGAACACUGCAAAACUUUAUGGGAAAUUUCAGAGGCAAAUCUUCAUUAUUCAGGAAUUCUGGGCCAAACAUGAUC